UGCGUGAAUUCAAAGUGGUUGUUUUGGGGAGCGGAGGUGUGGGUAAAUCUGCUCUUACAGUUCAAGUUCGUCAGCAGUACUUUUAUUGAAAAGUACGACCCUACUAUAGAGGAUUUUUACAGGAAAGAAAUAGAGGUCGAUGGUCAACCCUGUGUGUUAGAAAUACUUGAUACUGCUGGAACCGAGCAGUUUUCAUCUAUGCGUGAUUUGUACAUCAAGAAUGGCCAGGGUUUCGUUGUAGUAUAUUCGAUAACGAGCCAGCAAACCUUCCAUGACAUCAAAACAAUGCGUGAACAAAUUGUGCGGGUUAAGGGAACAGAGCAAGUGCCCAUUCUCCUUGUUGGAAACAAAUGCGACCUGCAACACCAACGGCAAGUGAGGACAGACGAAGGUAUUGCUCUUGGUGAG